AUGAUUUGGAAAUCUCUCUUCAACGCUGUGGUCAUAUUGGCACAUAUCCUCCCAUCUUUAGCUGCCCCAGCUCUGGACUUGGAGUUGACUACUCAGGCGUCAGACAAAUAUGUCUUCGCCCACUUCAUGGUCGGUAUAGUAAAAGACUACCAGUUGUCAGACUGGAAAGAAGACAUGACCGCAGCCCAAUCCAUCGGAAUCGACGCAUUCGCCCUAAACUGCGCAAGCAUAGACAGCUAUACCCCAACUCAACUAGCCCUAGCCUACGAAGCAGCCCAGCAAGUCAACUUCAAAGUAUUCAUCUCCUUCGACUUUUCCUAUUGGACCAAUGGGGACACCGCAAAGAUCACAGAGUAUAUGAAACUAUAUGCAGGUCACCCAGCGCAGAUGCAAUACAAGGGAGGCGCGGUGGUAAGUACUUUUGUCGGAGACAGUUUCAAUUGGGAUGCAGUGAAGCAGGGUACACCACAUCCCAUUUACGCAUUGCCAAAUCUCCAAGACCCGGCUGAGGCUUCCACUGGCCCUGCUAAAAGCACUGAUGCCGUCUCACCCUGGUUCUCAACCCAUUUCAACACCAAAAACUGGGUUUUCAUUUGCGAGAAUCUGCCAACACUACGUUGGGAGCAAAUGCUUUCCCUUCAGCCGGACUUGAUCGAGAUUGUCUCAUGGAAUGACUACGGCGAAUCUCACUACAUCGGCCCCUACUCAGCCCACCACAGUGACGACGGAUCAGCCCAGUGGGCAGAAAACAUGCCACACGACGCCUGGCGCAAUCUAUUCAAGCCUUAUAUUGCAGCCUAUAAAUCCGGAGCAAAAACCCCUACCGUGGAAGCAGACGAAGUCGUAUACUGGUACCGACCUACGCCCAAAGGCGUCGUGUGCAGUGGUGAUAACCUCUCAGCACCAAAUGGUGCCGACAUGCUAAGCGAUAGCAUUUUUGUCGCGACUAUGUUAACGAGUCCGGCCACAUUGACUGUGCAGAGUGGGGAUAAUGCUCCUGUUAGCAUUGAUGUUCCGGCGGGGAUUGUCACUUCGAAUGUGAGUAUGGGGGUUGGGGCCCAGUCUUUCGCGGUGACUCGCGAUGGACAGACGAUUCUGAGUGGUCAGGGAGGGUUGAAUGUUAAGGAUAGCUGUGUUCAUUAUAACUUCAAUGUUUACGUUGGGUCGAUCACUGGGGGUCAUAGCUAG